AUGACAAAGGUAUUAUUAUCAUACACAACAUUAUUAUACUUUCAUUACUUUCUACUCCUUAUAACGACAACAAGAGCCAAAUUGCCGGCGCUCAUCGUGUUCGGGGACUCGUCGGUCGACGCCGGUAACAACAACUACGUCCCCACGAUUGCCCGGAGCAAUUUCAAGCCGUACGGGCGUGAUUUCGAAGGCGGGAAGCCCACGGGUAGGUUUUCCAACGGGCGGGUCGCCACAGAUUUUAUCUCGGAGGCAUUGGGCCUUCGGCCCACUGUGCCGGCAUAUUUGGAUCCCGAGUAUAACAUCACGACUUUUUCCGUGGGAGUCUCUUUUGCCUCUGCCGGAACUGGAUAUGAUAACGCGACUUCUGAUGUGCUAGGGGUGAUUCCUUUAUGGAAAGAGUUGGAGUACUACAAAGAGUACCAAACUAAACUAAGAGCCUAUCUUGGUGACAAGAAGGCCAAGAACACCAUCGCCAAUUCAUUGCACAUGUUAAGCAUCGGGACGAACGACUUCCUAGAAAACUACUACGCUUUUCCACCGAGACAAAGGCAAUUGCAGUACACGGUCGAUGAAUACAAAGAAUUCCUCAUCGGGAUUGCUAGAAAUUUCAUCCACGACCUUCACGGGCUCGGGGCACGUAAGAUCAGUCUCGGUGGGCUUCCCCCUAUGGGUUGUAUGCCCUUAGAAAGGGCUCAAAAUGUGGCCAAUGGCAAUGAAUGCAGGGAAGAUUACAAUGUGGUGGCUAUGAGCUUCAAUGCAAAGUUGUGUGAUUUGGUGAUGGGGCUAAACAAGGAGUUGCCCGGGUUGCGACUGGUUUUCUCCAAUCCUUACUAUAAGCUUCUACGAAUCAUUACAAACCCAUCAAAAUACGGGUUUGAUGUCUCUCAAACAGCGUGUUGUGCGACCGGAACAUUCGAGAUGGGCUACAUUUGCAACGAACGAAACCCUUUCACGUGUACAGAUGCAGAAAAGUACGUGUUUUGGGACGCAUUUCAUCCCACACAGCAUACUAACAAACUAGUUGCUGAUCAUAUUGUUAAGAAUGUCCUGUACAAGUUCCUCUAA